AUGACUUUGCUUCGCCGCCGGGCGGGCGGGCCAGAUCUUCUUGGGCCCCUCACGCACGCAGGAAGAGGCUCGCAGCCCAAAUGGGCCCGCCGCCGCCCUCGCCGAGCCCCCGCGUUUUUGCUGCUAGCGUGCCGCCGCGCCCAGGUGGCCGCCUGGCUACGCCCCGGGUGCGCCGAAGGCGUCUGCGAUUUCGCUUUCGCGUGCGGCUCAGAAGUCCAGCGCGACCCGCCCCUCGCUGCCGUGUAUAGCUACGCAGUUUCUGGCUGGCCAUUAUCACAAACGCGCCGGCACCCCGCGCAGGAGUAG